AUGGACGUGUGCGUCGGUACUAAUCCGUGUGCCACUGCUACUCCCAAGAGGAAGAGAGCUGCAAACGUGGUUGCUACUGAUAGUGAGAGUGAGGAUGAUGAUAUUACACUAUCUCAACUGAACGCAAAGCGUUUUCACAAAGUGAGCUGUGAUGCAAAUGGCUUGUCAAAGGCUGUUUCACCUUCUGCGAGUGACAAUGAUGAUGAUGUGAGGGACACUGUGACCCCUCGUAGGCGGCGGUUAAAGAGAAUGGGUGAAUCCAGAAGAAAACCUGAUUCUCAACAGCUUGCUUCAAGUGAGACUAACUGCGGAAGCAAAUGCGAAAGAGGAAUUCCUACGACGGCGGAUGGUGCUGAGGACAGUACAACAGAUGAAGAAGAGGGUUCUGGCAGUUCAGACGACAGCAUGAAGGAAUUUAUCGUUGAGAGUUCUGAUGCGUCACUUUCUGAUGGUGACACCUGUUCAACGGAAGGCAGUGCUGAUAUCGGAGUGGAAAUGAAAGACAUCGUGUUUAAGCUUCAAAGAAGCCGGACUCAGAAGUUCAACUGGGAGUCAGUGGGUGAAUUGCAAUCAGACUUUGGCAAAGAUAAUGAGCUUUGCAUGAGAGCUGUUUGUGCUCUUUACCGACAGCAAACAUGCGAUGAACAAGUUGCCAAGAAUACAUUCCACUCCAAUAAACGAGGAUUCAGUCAAUCUCAUGGUUCCAGGGCCUCCAAGAUAGCAGCAUUUCUGAUUGAUUCCAGCGGCGAUCUGAGCAAGUCUGUGGAGGAAUUGCGAGCAUAUGAUCCCAAGGCAGUUGACAAGUGCAGAGAUUGGGCGUUGCACUAUGCGAAUCAACUGUUUAACAUUUACAAGAAUGGUGAGGAUCCUUUCUUCCGUCCUGCAGUGGAUAACAAGUAA